UUUCUGAAUUUCAAAUGCCUAGAAGAAAUAUUCAAGCUGGGCUAUGGCCAACAAAAAGGCCCAAGCCAGAGUUGACGAUGUGCUUUAUGAUGUUAAAGUUAUCUCUUACGUAGAAGAGACAAAUGAAUUUGAGUUGGAGGCGAAGUGGCUCGAGAAACCGGAAAACGUUUAUUUAAACAACAUGAACAGAAUUAAAAGGAAAAGGAAAAAGCCUGAGAAUGUCCAAUCAAUUAAUGAAAUAAUAAACGACACCAUUGAGUUCAAAAAAAAGCUUUAUCGAGGAUCAAAGAUUUACCAAUGUCCUUUCUGUAUGACUAAAGGUCCACCCGGAAGGAAACACAAUAUGUCCGUUCAUAUAAAUGGAAUCGAAAGAAAGGAUUAGGAUGGAAAUGUCCGUUUUAUUCAGCCAUGUGCGAUUAGAAGAGAAAGAAAACCAGCAGUUAAUGGAAAAUAUGAAACUGUUGAACAAAUCGAUAUCACUAAGCAAGGGAAAAAAUUACUCUUACCUGGAUUCUCCGAACAAUUGCUUUCA